AUGGGUAAUUCUCGAAAAGAGAGUGAUGUCGUCGACGCCUUGAACAGCUUCGGCGAUACGCCAUCCUUGUCGUACCCAAUUUCCAAUGGGAAUGGUGAGAUGGCGGUGGAAAAGCUGUAUCCUAGUAGUGUAUCGAUCGUAGCAAAUGGAAUGUCGAAUGCAUCGUACUUCUCAGCUUGGGAGAUCCUGCCGAAAGACGUAGCUCCGCUCUACAUCGCUGUUCAACGCCCAGAGUUACUUCCACGCCACUAUGAGGGCGGUAAACCGCUGUGGAAGGGACGGAAAUGA